AUGUCUCGGACCAUGGCCACCCGCUCGAAUUCAAGACGCGCUUCACCGGUGCUUGACUACCAGCCAGCGUCGCGCCAUGAGGGUGUAUCACUUUCCCGUCAGUACUCAGCCGGCGACAGCUCCGAUGAUGAGGUCCCAGAGCCUAAGUUCAGUGCUUCCGUCAAGGCCCUUCUCGACGAGGAUGGAUUGGGUUCUUCCCCUCAGCUCAAAUCCGGUAACCACGAGCGCCCCUCAUCAAUUGAACGCGCAGGCUCAGCGGCGACGAGCCGAAUGAGGCAUUCCCGGACCGCAUCGCCGCCUGAUCGAUCGACUGGAAGUCCUGCUCCUCGGGUGGUGCGCAUAGCCCCGAUACUCGUCAACAACAAUAGAGCGAUGCGAGAAGGGUCACCCUUGGCACACAGUGAGAGCGCGGAAUACGACGCGAAAUACAACUCGAAUGACUUGAUCACUCCGGCUCCGCGGCCGCGGACUGUUCGCAUUACCGGAUCACGGAGUCACACACGAUCACCAACCUCUGUGUCGCCUUCGCAAAAACGCUCUGCUGAUCGUAACUCGGUGAACGAACAUGGAAGCGCGGACCGCUCAGAGGAUCGGGGGAGAAUGAGCUAUGAGGAUGAAUAUGCCUCCCGGUAUGGGGCUGCAUCUGUGCUGCGAUCUCGACAUGGGGAGGAGAUUGGCAUGCAGAGCUCUCUGCGCGUGAAGAGAGUCGGAAGGCUGACAGGGACUUUCCUUAACGGACCUGCGCGACGGGGGGUACUGCGACGGCAGAGUGAGGAAAGCAGUGAUCCUCAGAACUACUCCGCAGAGAGAGUCAGAGAAUCUAGCCUCGAGGCUAAUGACGAUAACGUUGAACAACACUACAGAACGGCAGGAAAGAGGGCAUCAUCAUCGCCCAAGGUAUCAUGGGCAGAUCCUAGCCCCCCGCACGAGUCUGACCAACCUCGCUCGUUUGAUCCAGCUAGUGCUUCAUCUGGCGCAGGUCCAUUUUCUAGGUCAUCUUCGCCAAAGUCAUAUGGAUCCCACUCGAAAACAACACCAAGCUCGGCCUCAGAGGUAUCCUCCAAGCCUUCGAGCUCACGAGAGCAACCCGUAUUCAAAGUCCCCUCACUGCCUUCCCUCCCCGCAGUUCGGGACCAGGAGAACGAACCUCCACCAACCUUUAAGCGGACCAAGCCACAAGGCCUCAACUUAUUGGACAAACCAGAGAAACUGUCUGUGGUUUACGGCGAAGACAAGAAAGACAACGUGGAGACUCCUGCGGGAAACUCUCCCCGGAAGAUCUUGGCGACACGGAGUAGUAAUACUCCUCACCGGCCAGCCCCUCCUCCACCAAAGAUGUCUGUCCUUGAGACUGCAACGGCGACAGGAGGAGCCGCCACGGCGUCUUCGUCACGCAAGAAGCGGAGCCAAGUUUCGGUCAAUCACAAGCCGUUCACGCGGCUGGACUGUAUUGGCCGGGGUGGAAGCUCCCGAGUAUACCGGGUGAUGGCCGAGAAUUACAAGAUCUUUGCUCUAAAAAGAGUAAAUUUAGAAGACGUCGACCCCGUAACUCUCACUGGCUACAAGGGGGAGAUUGACUUGCUAAAGAAAUUAGAAAACAUUGAUCGGGUUGUGCGUCUCUUUGACUGGGAAUUGAACUCUGACAAACACACCUUAAGCGUUCUGAUGGAGAUCGGAGAGUCCGAUCUGGAGAAGAUCUUGACCUACCGCUUGAAUGCCGAGGAUGCCAUAUUCGACAUCAAUUUCACCCGCUACUAUUGGAAGGAGAUGCUUGAAUGCGUCCAGGCGGUUCAUAAUUGCAAUAUUGUGCACUCGGACCUGAAGCCAGCCAACUUCCUUCUCGUCCAAGGUCGACUGAAGCUGAUCGAUUUUGGUAUCGCUAACGCUAUUCAAGACAAUACGGUCAACGUACACCGGGAACAGCAAGUUGGAACGCCGAAUUACAUGUCACCAGAAGCUUUGGUUGAUUCCAAUGCAUCACUUGGAUUACCAGCCAGCGUUGGGAAGGUGAUGAAGCUCGGCAAACCCAGUGAUGUCUGGAGUUUAGGAUGCAUCCUAUACAAGAUGGUCUACGGCCAACCGCCUUUUGCCAAAAUCGCCAAGUACUAUGAGCGUAUCAUGGCGAUCCCCAACCCCAAAGUCCAGAUUGACUUCCCACCUUUUGGUAUCGGAGGAGCCGCACUCCCUCCAGGGCUCAUUCGGACUCUGAAGCGUUGCCUCCAACGCGACCAAACCCUGCGACCGACCGUCGAGGAACUCCUCAGCCAGAGAGACCAAUUCUUGUACCCCGACGCACAGCUCGAAGGAGCUGUACCCAUCACCCAGGAGAUGCUGAGCCGGAUCCUGGUGAACGUGGUUAACCACUGCCGGACCCGGGGAAUCCCCAAAGACGAAGAAAUAGCCGCCUGGCCCGCCGGCUUCUACGCAAAAAUUAAGGCGGCGCUCGAAGAAAACACCUGA